AUUUAUCAGUUCAUCGUAACAAUUUGCCCAUUUCCUUCUCUCUUCUUUCUUAGCAAUCUGUACUAGUAAUAAUCCAAAUUCCAGAAUUUCAAUCUCCCUCUCUCUCCGCUUUUCUCUCUGAUUAGGGCUAUUGAUUAGGCCAUCUGGUGGUUUGAUUUUUCCAUAACUUCGAUGUCAAAUUACUUGUUUGAUUUGGUCUCUACGAGUCCUUUCCCUGCUUUAGAAAUAUGCCAAGUUUCUCCUUCUUCCCCGAUUAUAGCUUUCAGCCAAUUAACCCACCUCACUGAACUGGAGCAGGACGCCAUGAAUUCAAUUUUCUUCUGGUUAAGCAGUCUCGCAGGUUCACUUCUUCUUCUGGUUCCAAUUUUACUAUCAGAAUCUUUCGCACUAGCAAGCUCAGCAGCAAGCGUCGCUUCAGAAGAGAAGGUGGAGAGAAGAAGUGGCGCGUGUACGGUUUGGGCUCUCAUGCUUCAACUUUGUGUCCAGACUCAUUUAACAGCUUUGCCACUUCACACAGGACAGCUACGGUGACAGAUCAUGUUGCUGAUGAGCGCAUUAUAGUGCUCGAGGAGGAGAUCAUGCGCAUGAAGAAAAAUCAAGAGUGAAUUCUUCAGCAACGCGUUGAGGAAAAGGUAUCAUGCCUCAAGUAACAGAGUGAAGAGCAGCUUCGCUCUAUGCAAGAGGAGAUGAGGCGUAUGAUGAAGCAGAUGGCAUCAUUAUCCCGCCCUUCAAAUAAUUCUGUUGAUCCCCAUGAUCAGAGCACACAGAAUCUGUAGCUUGAUAUUUUUUAUAUACAUUUGUUCACUGAACUUGUUACUUGUACGGUUACUUUUAUACUUUUAUAUAAUAUAUGAUAUUUUUU